GUUCGAAUCGUCCGGGCCGAUCACCUACGGUGUGGGUCGCGAUGCAGGCUUCGAGCGUCUGCAUCGCCGCUUUGAAGCUAAUCGACCGUGGCAAGAGGGCGUGCUCACUCGCCGCCUGCGCCAUGAUGAUGCGGAUGAGGUUGUAGGCGAACACGUGCGUCCAGAUCUCCUUACGCACCAGUUCGGGUGUCUUGCAACGCAGCACCUCCAUCUGCAUGGUCGUCUUGACCGACCGCAGGUCCAGUUCCACGUUCCAUCGUGCUCGAUAGAGCGCCGCCAGGUCAUCCUUCGUGAACUCCUCAGGGUCCAGCAGCGUCGUCACGACGAUAAUCUCUUUGUUUCGGAAGCCGGCUUGGCCGAUGAUCACACGGCACUCACGAACCGUGAUCGAGUCGGGCAACGCGCGGUACGCCGGCAGGUCGAGCGAGCGGAUGGCGUCGAUACCGACCGCAACGUCGCCAAGCGGUUUCUGGGCGACAGUGACGAGGCGAUCGCCGGGGCUCGGGUGCUGAUGUCCAAUCGCGGGCUACUCGAUCAACUGGCCCGGGAAUCGGCCAUCGCCGACGACAACGGAUUGGCCCGGGAGGCGAUCGGGCUUGCCGGGCAGAACGGGGUGUUCGGCGCUGGACAGGCGCUGCUGUCGAGUGAGAACAAGCGGUCCCUGGAAAGGAUGCUCGACACUCAACUCCCCAACCUAAUCCAGGCGUCACGCAAUGAACUGGUGGCGUACCGUCGCGACAAUUACAGCCCGUUGGUGGCGGGGACGUUGAACGCGCUCGAGGGCGCCAACAUCUACGGCGCUUCGAUCGGCCGGGAGUCUCGCCAAGUGGACCUGCUCGAGCAGGCCCGGGGCUCUGGCGUUCUCUCACCGGAACUGGCGGACAAGAUCGACCGGGCGCUGAUGCUGCUCGACCGGGUCGCCAAUGCGUCGGAAGACGUACGGGAUGCUGGGCGUGCUCAGCAAUGCGGACGACUUCGUUGGGCUCUUGGCGAUGUCCAACCAGCUAACGGGGAUUCACGACGCGGUGAAGUCGCGGAUGGGGGGCUCGUCAUCAUGAUCGACGGCGCCCUCGUUAUCGCCCUCACGCUGUUCGUGCUGAUCACGGCCGUCUGCGUCGUGCUAGCCACCAAGCUGGCGAACGAACGUCUGCGGCGCCGUGAAUCGGUAUCGCUCCCCGGCACGGUCGAGUUCCUCGAACCGGUCCGUCGUUGCCCUGACGAGCGGAUCGCUGCAAUCGAGGCGACGGUCUCCGAGCUGCGGGCCGAGUUGCUGCGGCUGAAGGGGUGCUGCUUAUGGUGUUACGCCCCUGUAUCCCUAGAAGCCGUCCGCUCAAUGUUCCGGACCAUCUACAUCAGCAAAGCGAGUUACAACUUCUCGCACGACGAGCUAUCGAUCAUGUGCCGCGACUUCGCAGCCGCGAACAUUAGGCGGCAGGUGACAGGCGUCUUACUCAGAAUAGGGAACUACUUUGCGCAAAUCCUCGAAGGCGAUGGCGAGGUCGUGAGCGACCUGAUGAAAAAGAUUCGACAGGACAGCCGGCACGUAUCUGUAACCACGCUGCUAGAGCAGGACGAUGUCCAACGAGCUUUUGCCGAUUGGUCAAUGAAUCUCAUCGACUGCGAAACCAUCUACUACGUCAACUUGGCGGAGCUUCCAGAACUGCGAGAGCAAAUCGCCAACAUGGCGGUUGCGACGGACGACCAAAGCCCGUCGGCGUUGCGUAAUGCCGCCGCGCUGCGUUUCGUCCGCAGUGAGAACGAACGCCGCCGCCAUCUAGAGAAGGGGCAGCGCGCCGACGACCAACGCAAGAUGUACGCGGCGGCUUGGCAGCGGGCGAAUAAGAACCCCGGCGGUAAGGGGACGGCCAAGAAUCGCGGCGUAGCAACUGAUUGCAAUCUUGCAGAGAGUUCGGAAUCAGCCCAUGCGGCAGCCGAGAAGUUCGGCGUCUCCACCCGCGGCGUCUACCAAGCCGCCGUCGUCAUCGACCACGGCUGCCCCCAACUGCAACAAGCCGUCCGCGACGGACGGGUGAACGUGUUGUUGGCUAUGGACAGGAAGCCCUACCCAACGGACCUGACGGACCACCAGUGGCGACGGAUGAAGACCUGGGUCCCCGUCGAAGCGGCCACUGGCCGUCCGUCGAAGUACACCAAGCGUGAGAUCGUCAACGCGAUCCUGUACGUGACGCGUAACGGCUGCACUUGGCGUGGUCUGCCGCAUGACUUUCCGCCGUACCGAAUCGUGUUCCACUGGUUCCGCAAGUGGCAGGCGGACGGCACGUGGGAACGGCUGCACGCCAAGCUCUGUGAGCGGGUCCGCGAGAAGGCGGGCCACGCGGCUACGACGCCGGAAAAAAAAGUGCUCGGUCGCAAGCGGCAUGUCGUCGUUGACACGCUCGGCUUGAUGUGGGCCCUCUGCGUCACCUCAGCCGAUGUGCAGGACCGCGAGGGGGCGAAGCUCGCCCUGGAGGCGUUCCGCGAGUCGGUGAAGUUCCCGAAGAUCAUCUGGGCGGACACGGCGUACAAGUCGGUCGUGGAUUGGGCGCUGGUGAAGUGGCUGUGGCUGGUCGAGAUCGUCACGCGUCCUCGCGGCAAGUUCGUGCUCCAGAAGAAACGCUGGAUCGUCGAACGCACCUUCGGCUGGCUCAACCGCUCACGCCGCCUUGCCAAGUCCUUCGAACGGACCAUCGAGAGUGACGCCGCCUUCGUCCAUGUCGCCAUGAUCCAGUUGAUGGUCAAACGGUUAUGA